AUGGCCAUCCGUGCACGAUUCGAGAACUCGUCUGAUGUCGGCGUCUUUGCGUCCCUCACCAACUCGUACUGCCUGACCUCGGUCUCGACCGGCUCGUCCAACUUUUACUCGACCUUCGAGGCGGAAUUGGGAGACGUCGUUCCCGUCGUCCAGACGAGCAUCGGUGGAACCAGGAUCAUCGGCAGGCUCGUAGCAGGCAACCGUCACGGCCUGCUUGUCCCCAACUCGACGACCGACCAGGAGCUGCAACAUCUUCGCAACUCGCUCCCUGAAACCGUCGCCAUCCAGCGGAUCGAGGAGCGACUGUCGGCGCUCGGCAACAUCAUCGCAGCAAACGACUACGUCGCGCUCGUCCAUCCCGACAUUGACCGCGAGACGGAGGAGAUCAUCGCCGACGUCCUCAAGGUCGAGGUUUUCCGCCAAACGAUUGCGGACAACGUGCUCGUCGGCUCUUACUGCCGGAUAAGCAACCAGGGCGCACUCGUCCACCCCAAGACGAGCGUGCAAGACCAGGACGAGCUCUCGUCGCUGCUGCAGGUGCCUCUCGUGGCGGGAACGGUCAACCGUGGUUCGGAUGUCAUCGGCGCGGGCAUGAUCGUUAACGACUGGACCGCCUUCACCGGCCUCGACACGACUGCGACGGAAAUCUCGGUCAUCGAGUCGGUCUUCAAGCUCGCGGGACAGGACCAGAACGCCAUUGGCGGCAUGCGGGACACCCUCGUCGAGUCGUUUGCAUGA